CCGUCAGUCAGUAUUUAGUUGUUGUCGAGCGCAAUUGGUUGUGUGUAGAGGGAGCCCGACAGUCGCGUUUCUAUAUCGACAAGUGUGAGGAGAGCUGAAGAAAAAGUGCUGAAGGAAAAUCGACCAUCUGAGAAAGAGUCAUCCGCAGCAUCCACCAGCAUUCGCAGAGCAGCAUAUCUCGCAGCAGCAGCGUCCGCCGCAGAAGCAACCAGUGUGUAUGCAAGUGGUGAAAAUAGAGUGAAAGAGAAAGCAAGCCAAAGGGAGCGAAAUAGCGUUCGAAGAGGUUUGAAGGCGGCUUGCGAGUAAGAGUGACCAAGAUACAGAAAGGGAGAGAAGGAGUAGUACAGUGGAAAAGUGAAAAUCAUCAAAAAGGACAUUUGGAAGUGAUUUUCUCUGGUGCAGCUGAGUGGGAAAUAGCAAAAAGCCCGAAAACCGCUUACCGCAGGAGCACGGAACAGCAUUAAACGCACGUUUCAGAUCUCUGCCGAACGGUAAGAGAAGCAUCCAGCAGCAAGCUGAACCCAGCGCCAGCUCUAACCUAAUCGCUCCACCGGAAGUACUACGGUGCAGUCUGCCGAAAGCUCAACGAGUGAGACAAAAGUGUGACAAAGCGCGAGUUGCGAGUUCCUAAGUCUUGCGUUGAGGCAAGAUUUAUAUAAAACCAAACAAGACAAAGAAAAGAAGAAGAAGAAGAAGAAGAAGAAGAAACAAAACUUCCAUACCACGUGUUUAACAUCCCGACAGCGUUAGGCAAGAAAGCUCGACCGAAACCGAGGGACAAAAAAAGGCGGUAGUGAUUGAAAGAAAAGCAGGAAAACCGACGAAUAAGUAAAACGGGAAAACUAAUUUAGCCCCGGCGUGUGCCCCUGCGUGCGUGCAGUUUGCAGUAUCGCGAUCCGAUCGAAUCAGGUAGUGCAACGAAAGCAACAACUACUGCAGCAGCAACAGUGGUGAUUCCUCCAGUAUCGCUCCCGGGUGGUGUGAGGUUUCCCGGGCCUGUGCGGUGCAAGUACAUCGGGAACGACCAGGAGGCGCCCACAAGAAAGCCCACGCUUGUUUGUGUAAAAAAAAGUAGAAGCGAUACCAUCACCAUCACAAGCACGGUACGAUAAGGCAAGGCAAGUGCUCUGUGCGUUUUCCGGUUGUGUGUGCGAACACCUUGUGCACCGAGCCGUGUACACUUAGCCCCUCGUAGUAGCCCUCCCUAGCGUGUGGUAGUAGUCGGCGGCGUCGUUGUCGUCGUCUUCUUCGUCGCGUGGUGCGUACGUACGUGUGCCAUCAGGAGAGCGGCAGUAGUAGCAGCGCGGCAUCCCUGCCCCAUCCCGCCCCAACCCGGCGCAUCUUACAUUCUUCGUGUGGCGGAUCGACGGAAAAUUGGUUUUCAUGAUAUCUGCUUGGAUAAAUCCUUAUAAUGAGAAGUGCGGAACUUUAAAAGUUCCCGACUCUUACUCCCACCGGAUCAUGGACAGCUAUCAUGUACAGAGCCAGCAGCAGCAUAGCUAUGGCAACGGAAACAACGGCCCGACCACGACGAUCUACACCAGUGCCCAUGGCUACCCGACCGCCACCUUCAACUACGCCACGAUGAGCUACGCGCACUCGGAGGGUGGCUCCGUGUCGCCACCGCCGUCCCCGCGCUCCAACAGCUCCGUCUCGUCGGCCUACUCGUCCUCGUCCUCGACGACCGCCUCCCUGGCCGCCUCGUCCGGCUCAUCCUCGUCCUCGUCCUCGUCGGCCUCGUCCUCGUCGUCGUGCAUUUCGUCGGCCGGCUCGGAGAACGGCGCGUCGUACGAGAACCUGGAUAUCGCCGCCCAGCGCCUGGCGGUGCUGUCGUUCGAGCAGGUGAUGAAGCUGAACGACGUCAUGAACGAGCCGGUGUCGAUACACGGCCGCGGCAACUUCCCGACGCUCGAGGUGAAGCUGAAGGAUCUGGUGAACAUCGUGCGCGAGAAGCUGGAAACCGAGGUGGCCGCCGGUGGCGCCGGGAUGACGGUGAAGGACAUCCGCCUGAACGGUGGCGCUGCUAGUCAUGUGUUGGCGUCCGAGGCGCAGCCAUACAACGAUCUCGAUCUGAUCUUCGCCGUCGACUUCAGCACCAGCCGGAGCUACGAUCGCGUCAAGUCGGCCGUCCUGUCCUCGCUGCUCGACCUGAUGCCGGAGGGUGUGGUCAAGCGCAAGAUCACGCAGUGCUCGCUGAAGGAGGCGUACGUCGGCAAGAUGGUGAAGGUGAACAGCGACGGUGAUCGCUGGAGUCUCAUCUCGCUUGGCAACUCGCCGGGCCACAAGAACGUCGAGCUGAAGUUCGUCGACACGAUGCGCCGCCAGUUCGAGUUCAGCGUCGAUUCGUUCCAGAUCGUGCUCGACUCGCUGCUGCUGUUCUACGACUGCGCCGAGAUGCCGAUGAUCACCGAGAACUUCUACCCGACCGUGGUCGGCGAGUCGGUGUACGGCGACUUCCAGGAGGCGCUGUACCAUCUGCAGAAGAAGCUGAUCUCCACCCGGCAACCGGAGGAGAUCCGGGGCGGCGGCCUGCUGAAGUACUGCAAUCUGCUCGUGCGAAACUACAUCCCGGUCGACACGCAGCGCAUCAAGACCCUCGAGCGGUACAUGUGCUCCCGGUUCUUCAUCGACUUCCCCGACAUCGUGCAGCAGCGCAGCAAGCUGGAGUCCUACCUGAAGAACCACUUCUUCGACGAGGGCGAGGAGCAUCUCCAGUACCAGUACCUGAUGCAUUUAUUCGACGUCGUCGAGCAGUCGACCGUGUGCCUGAUGGGCCACGAGCGUCGCCAGACGCUCAUGCUGAUCGAGUCCCUUGCCAUGGAGAUCCUAUACCGCGACCAGCAACAGCAACAGCAACAGCAGCAGCAGCAGCAACAGCAACACACGACCGGUCUCAUCACUACGGCCCAGGUGGCCAACGGCAGUGCUACACCGACGGGGACCACGACACUGCAGCUGCAGACACAAAUGUCCCAUCUCUCGCUGUCCCCCCAGCAGCUCUCCCCCCAGUCGCCCUCGAUGCUGGCCCAUCACCACCAACAUCCGCAGGCGCACUCGCCCAACACACACCACCACAACACCACUCACCAUCAGUCGCAGCAGUCGCAGGCGUCGUCACAGUCACAGCAGUGUCAGCAGCAGCAGCAAGUACAAUCGCAGGUGCAGCAGCAAACGCAACAGCAGCAGCAGCAGCAGCAGCAGCAAUCCCAACAGCAGACGGCUACCAUCACCCAAACGCAGGCCAUCACCCUGACGCCGCAGCCGGGUCUGCUCUAUGCCAACGGAAUCUACUACGCCCCGAUCAUUCCCUACACCCAGUGCACCUGCAACAGCUGGAUAGCGACGUGAUUGGUGAGCACCCUGCCGGUGGGAGGCGCCGGUGGUACUAGUAUCAUCAGCAUCGCAAGCCCCGACUCAACCCCGACCGGAGCCAACCCGAACUUUGCCGCCGACCCGUCGUCAUCAUCCCUGUCAUCAACAACACCAACGCCACCGCCACCAUCAACAACAACACCCUGCUGCAGCAACGCCGCAGUAGUGCAACAGUGUCCUUUCUUCUCCGUCACCAACACCACCACCACCACCACCACCACCACCACCAGUUCGACGUCAUCGAGAGCCGGAGCGCCAUCCGCAGUGUCUCCUGCUUCCGUCGAGUCGUUGGGAGUUGGAAAGUUCAUACGACGAUCUCAUCCUCCCCCAGCAGCACCACCCUCUACAGCGUUACUACAGACGGUGGAACUUCUACAGGCGUCACCACCGGGCGGAGUUUCAACCGUGUGCGCCUACGCCCCGUCGGACUACUAUUACUACUACACCUGUCCCGCUGAGGCUGAGUGCAACUUCGUUCCCUCGUCGAUGCCGUCUUCCGAGCGAUGAUCGAUAGCGUAAGUGUUAUGCUGCGAAUCAACACACAUACACAAACACCCACACUAACAUACGAACCGAGCCAACAACAAAAAAAAACACAAAACCCCUUGCGUUAGUAUACAGCAAAUAUUUAGUACAAGCGUGUACUAAAACAAACAGAGAAAAAACCAACUCAACCAGUGCUCGUAGCGUUCUCGACUAAUAAGGGUACAGUUAAAUUGCGCGCACGAAACAUAGCACAGCGGUGUGUAAACACGGUUUUAAUAUGCACGAAAUGCGUGGCGCGUGCCAAUGCAUUGAGAACAGCUGAUCGAGCUUCACUCGUUUAAUGUUGUCGAUCAAAAAUCGAUCAAUGCAUCCGCUAAAGGAAGGUAUGUUUUACCGAAGAGAAACAAAAGAGACAAACAAGCAUACAAACAAACAAACAAACAAACAAACAAACAAACAAACAAGAUCAAGUGCAACGUCACUGUUAUGCAAGCGAGAACAGGAUGAGUACUAACAAGGAUAAACAAAGCGUACUAACUACGAGUGCAUACUAAUAGCGUGGCGUUCACGAUCGUAGACAGCGAACAAACUCAAGACUUGUUAAGAGAGUGGAACGGGAGAGCAAAUAGGAAAUUUUAUUUUUCGUUGCGAAACGUGUCGAAAUAAACAUUUGUUGAAGUAUUUGCCAAAGCGCAAGAGCAUGUCUAGUAUACCUUCCUGAGGUAAGAGAGUGUGCGGUGUGCAAAAACACAAACACGUCGCGUUAUCACGGGAGGGGUUUUUAACCGUUCGCAUUUUAUUUGUAAGCACUUCAAAACGGCCCCCGUUUUGGGAUUCACUCGUUUUCAAGAUGUGUUGAAAGUGGAACACUUUUCCUUUUUAAUUCAGACUUUCUGUUCGCUGACACGGCCUUCAAGGCCAAUGUCAUUUACCCAUGUUUGUUGUAUGUUCAAUUUUCGAAACCGGAUUUUCAGUUUUUGAAGAUCGUUCAUUUCUCUUUCGUCUUACUGCUAAACCGCUGUUCGCGGGGGCGCACGACGAUCAGCUGUGAUUUUUGCGACGGUGACGAAGAAAAACAUGCGACAGACACAUUGUCAGGCAAUCAAACUCUUGGAACUUUGCAUCCACUUAACGAAAACAAGCAAUUUAUCCCAGCAAAGGGGGGCGGCGAUAAGGGAGGCACAUGCUCGGGAACGUGUUCAUUCGGUGUAAUGGGGGAAAAAAAACGGGAAAACUAGUGGCGGUUGAUUAUUGGUUGUCUUUUUAAAACAAACAAACCCUCCCCCUCCAAUCAACUUUUAGGCCAUAGUUGUAGCAGUAGUUGACCCCUUCAUGUCAUGUGGAGUAAGACGGUUGGCGGCCAGAACGAUCCUUAGAUCCAUGUGCCAUUCCCUUUCUUCUAGCUCUCCUCCGUAGCAGCAAGUCGAGUAAAAAUAAAAAAGACGCUAUGUUGAGCGCUAUAACUAUCAAGCGUUGCGAAAAAAAAAGCUCACCACGUAUCAAGAAGGGAAUGUUCCCGAGUUCCGUCAACGCAAUUGCAUGUACUUAGAGAAUGUUUUAUCCGCCCCGAUCAGAGCAAAACCGUGAAACGCUACGCGAGGUACUUGAACAAAAACGCAAACACGAAGAAAUCAACUACCGAAUUUUUAAACCGUUCCCGAUGAAUCUAUUUAGCACACACAACCGUAAAGCUAUCUUAAACGGAAAUUAAUUAAAAAAAACACACACGGAAAGGAAAACAAAACCUGUAAAUAAUUGUAAAACUUGUAUCGAAGACUGUUGUUUAAGUAAGCACGCUAGGCAAGGCGAAGAAUCAAAAAGGACACAGCACUAAGGGAGGGGGGGUGAAAAAAAGGGUGGCUCGAUGAAGUAGAGGACGUUUGACAAACAAGAAUGUUUGCAGUUCAUGCUGCGUGAAGAGGAGGAUGAUUCAUCGAUAAUGAUGAAGAAUGGUACAUUUAAAGUUCAAACUAUUAUGAACCACCAGGAUCUCAAAAAAAUUAUAAAAAAAAGAAUAAACUACGGAAGAGAGAGAGAAAAUGAUCCACGUGCGUGGUUACCAUUUCAAAGACGCUAACCGUGGAUUUUGGACUUGCCGGUGGGGCAGGAAACUAUUUACAUACACAUAUAUUUACCCGCUGGGGGGGCGAGCCACUCAGAUCUAUGCUAAUGCGACGCGAACCGUCGUUCCCGAUCUAUAUUUGACAGCAGCCCCGAUCCUUUUGCCCCGAGAGGAGCGCAAUUAUAAAGAAAAGUAGGCGGUCGAAUCGUCGGACGAAAAAUUUACCAGAAGCACCGAGCACUAAGGGCGAAGCAGGCGAGCACGGAAAAGUGAAGAAAUGUUAGCGAACACACGUGAAUAUACAUACAAACUAGUAAGACAACAUAACAUCAGGACAAGCGAAUGAAGAAAGAAAAUCUAAUUACUGAGACAUGGCUGUGUUUAUUCCUCCUCACAAUUUGUUUUUAAGACACGCCACAUGCCGGCGACCAAUCGUCCGCUGCGGAUGAGGCAAACUGAAGAAGAAAAUGAUAUAAAGAGAGGGGGUGGGGGAAUGAAGGUAAAACCUGAUGCUGUCCUGUGAAUGGGUCACCUGAUUGGGUGGAGAAAAAUGCAUCCUUUAGCGGUGGGUGGCCGAAAAGGUUAUCAAUAGGGGAGUUAACAAACAUAAAGCAUCUUGUGAAACCGUAGGGAAACAUGCACGUGUGUGAGUGUGUGUGUAUGAAAGGGAAGAAAAAGGAUUAAGAAAAACAAGAUAGACUGCUGUGAAGUUGUUUGGUGAUACGGCAUCAGAAGGACACGACACUCACUGUUAAUUCGUAUGCUUUUAAACUGAAUACCAUUUUCCAAUGUUGAUCGACAGCCGAUGGCAAGGGAGGCGCCGUGGUGACCCCCUCACACGGCGGCACAUUGGGAGGGUAUUGGGUGGGGAGGGGCGAGGGCGCAAUGAGAUUUCAGGCAAUGUUUUGCAGGGUGAAUGUUCGUAUUUUAUGACUUACGGGCAGCAGUGGAGCCCGCUUCGCGCAGAUGCAAGUAGAAUAUAUACGAAAGGGAUUGUCCUGUGGCCUAAUUUGCUAAUCGUACUCGAGGAGAAAGCCGCAAAGCGAAACAUGAGAAGAGCACUUGGGAAACGGAAGAAGAAAUAUACAUUUUAAUCGCUCGAGAAAGGACACGAAGAAGAGAGAAAAAUAAAAAAAAACAAAACCCAGAAAAACGGUAAAAGACAACUUAACAAACGAAAAUAGAGAACGCGAGUGGCGAAAGUCCAGCGAGCGGCAACACAAACGCAACUGAUAUUUGUGCUAAACCUCUCGGCCCCACGAGAAGUACUGGUCGACAAGUAGCAGCAGCAAUUAGCAAACUCUUAAAACUUUCCCGUAGCCAUCCCAAGUAACAGUUACAGAAUGAGAACUACAGAUUAAAAGUGAUGAAGUGAUCAAGCAUGGUUAAGAAAUCCACACAACAAAAGUAAAGCUAUAAAAAAAGUCACAUCAUAAUGUCAAACCAUCCUACACGGACGGAAAGCAUAAGCACUGCAAACAAAAUAGAGCAAAACAAACAAGCCAACAAACCACACAAGAAAAUAAAAAAAGAAAGUCCAAUAAAAAACAUACGUUGAUUAUGCAACAUACGAUUUAAUCAAUCAUCUUCUACGGCGCCAUAAACGAUGCGCUAGUAUAAAUCAAUGUCUUGCCAAAUUAGGUAAACACGACACAUUUGACGCACCGCUCAGUGUGGCCUCGGAAAACGCGGAAAAUGAUUUUUAAUCACAUUUUUCUCUGCUGGUAAGACUAGGUAUUUUCGACGAAAACGGAGAGGGAAGGAAAAACCAAAAAACCAAAAAACAAAUCACUGCAAAAAGCGAACCUGAAUCGUCUUCUUGUCCACGUGCUUUUUCAUGCGUGUGUUUAUUUUUGAUCGAGUUAUGAAAAUGAAAUUCUGAACUGACAAACACACACACACACUGAAUAUGGCUCUGCCUGAACGUGCCGUCAAUUUACCACAAUUUGUUAAGUUGAAGAACCAUGUUGUUUAUUGCUGGUUUUUAAAACACAGUGACACGUGCGAAACACAAAACACUAAUGCAUACCGUUGGCCACCAUCUCUCGGAUCCAUCUUUGUCCAUCUGUGUGUCCCUUCGACCUCCAACUCUACUUCAAUAUUUUAUGUGAUGGAAAAAGGGGUUUACUAGGAGAAAACCCUUAUGAAACUGGGUUGUGUUAGAAACGAACGCAAAUCGUUAAAAAUAUUCAGAGCGGUCUAGUAUGGAUUACGGAGUGGUGUUGUGAUAGUUCCCGACAGGAAACUAUGCUGAUGCUCCCUCCGAGCUUUUCGUCUUCUCGGGCGAAUUUGUUUCACUUCGAAUUGCGAUAAUCAAAACCCCAACGACCAAUCGAUGGUAUCCCUCCAACGCGCACCAAACGCUGCGAGAACUUCAACCUAAAUUACUGACUCAACAAGAAACAUUUGCUUCGGAAUGGCAUGUUGGGUUGCCCUUUGGGCUCCAUUUGCCAACAUGCCGCGUUCGAAUGCUUUGGUGGUGCCAUGUUGUACGCAAUGCAAUCGAGGUCGCUUUUAAGACGACCAUGUGUAAAACAAAACGGUAGAGAAAAAAAAAACAGGCGCGAUGAAGAAAUACUACGGCCAUUAGAUGGGCCAAGGGAAGGGGCUGCAGAAAAUUAAAGCAUGUGUCAGGCACACACACACACACGAACACACAAACACCACACAUUUAGCAUUCCUUUGGUUCUUUAGUUUGUAAUGUCGGCCACCUUUCGAAGCAACGGCUCGGACGUUUGGAUUGUUUGUAAGCAGUCCCAAAAUCAUCCCGCAUAACGAUGCGGGAACGUAAAAGAACCAUACUAAGCAAAGAACGGACAUGAAAAGAGCACUGAUAAAGCCACACCGGCAAGCAUGGCAGGAACACGAGACAAGGUGGAAAGUCUAGCGGGCAAGUUUCAGACCAGUUGAACAAAAGAAAAAGCUUGAGUAAAACACAAAUACUGAUCGAUUCGAAUUCGGAUCCUACAAAUUUACGUUUCUACCUACGGUGCCGAUGAGGCAAACGUAGCAAGCGGGCGAAACACGUAGCAAGGAAACACACACAAAAAAACACAAAAAUGAAUUUAAACAAACAAACAAACAAACAACGCUCCCUUGAACGGGCAAAGACAUUGAUCGUGUCAGAUUUCUGUCAGCAAGUUUAACCUAAUGUGAAACAAAACAACAUUUAAAAACGUAAAAAAAACCACAAAAAACAUAAUAUAUACAUAUUUACAUAUUGUGAAAAGCAAGAAAAAAAGUACAUUCAAAAACUGUGUGAAAAUGUGAAAAAAAUACAAAAACUUGUGAAGUUAUUACAAACUAGAACAGUUAGCUAAGUAGUAGUAACGUAAGGUGUAUAGCAUCCGUAUUGCGAUUUAUAGGGCACGCGUUAUGAUUAUAUACAUAUAUAGAUUUUUUUUCUCUUUUUGUUGGAUCGGAUCGCGGAAUCUGGUACGUUUUAUGUUAUUUUUGUUUUUUUUUUGUUUCCCUCGUCUCCAGUCCAGCCUUCUCCUAUCUUCGAUUUCUCCCCCUUCCGAGGUGGAUCGAUUGGGGGGCGCUAACUGAACGAUAACGGCAAAUGGAAAGGAAAAACACUGAUAAACUGAUCCCAUUGGCGAAAUGAGGAUUAAGUAAACGAUGUAAACACACAAAAACAAAGCCCAAUAUCCCACAUACGAACCGAUGAGAGAGAGAGAGAAAGAGAGAUAGAGAGAGAUAUAUAGAGAGAGAAAGAUGGGGAGAGAGAGAGAGAGAUAGAGAGAGAAAGAGAAAGGGGUUGCAAGGGGUGAACACACAAAAAAACAUGCAAAACGUCUCUGUUUGAACUGUAAAUUGUGAACGCGUGCUGUAAACGUAAUAUUGAUGCAAUAUUGUAUCGUAUGUGUGACAGUUUCAUUUCUCUUCCGAUAGAGAACGACCGAAUUCAGGAUGCAGGAUGCGAAAGGUGGAUAACCGUUUGGAAAAGAGGACACUUGUGGGAAGGUGUUUGUAGGAGAGAAAUAUCGCUCCGACCAGAUCGGUUUUGCUAGUGGUUACAAAAAAAGAAAAGAUGCAAGAUAAGCGAUUUGUUGAAUUGAUUUUAGAAUCUUUUUCAAUGUAAGUUCCCGAGCGUACUCUACUACCCG